GUGAAAGUGUCCAGUAUAAAAUACUCGCAGCUUUUGUCGUUUGUCUACAGUGACAUUCAGAACCUUAGUGUCAUUUCACCUCUGAAGAUGUCUGCACUCUGGAGUCUCAUCUUAACUCUGUACUUAAUAUCUUCAGCACAAUUUCUGGAUUUUUCCGGAAUCUCGUUUCUCACCGUGAAGUUUGGAGAAAACGUUUCUCUUAACUGUCCGUUUCUGAAGGCUAGCAGUAUAGAUCGUGUGGUUUGGUUUAAACAGAUGUUCGGAGCCAUGCCUCAGAAAGUGGGAGAAAGAUCAGCGUAUAAAGAAAUCAAAAUUUCCCCAGAGUUUGAGAAGUCAGGAUUUGUAAUAAAGACGAACGGUGACGUCGUUUCUCUGACGAUUCCACGAAUGAAAACAGAAUACGGAGGACUUUACUUCUGUGGAAUAUUAAGCUGGGAGAAUUUUACACUGUCUAACGGAACUUUCUUGGCUGUAACAGAUGACAGAGAUGUAAAAGUGAGUGUGUGGCAGCGCGGCGUGUCGGACUCGGUUCCUGCAGGAGCCUCAGUGACUCUGCAGUGCUCGGUUCUCUCUGAGAGCAGAGCAGCAGAACUCCAAGUGCUCUGGUUCAGAGCUGCUCCACCACAAUCCCAUCCUCAAAUCAUUUACACUCAUCACAACAGCAGCCAUCAGUGUGAGAUCGACUCUUCUACACACACCUGUGUGUACAACUUCUCCAAGAACAUCCUCAGCCUCAGUGAUACUGGAACUUACUACUGCGCUGUGCUCCUGUGUGGGAAGAUCAUCUUCGGGAACGGGACACGAAUACAGAUGCAGAACGUUGCAGCGUCUUAUAAUCCUGUAGUGAUCUGUCAGGGAACAGCGCUGGUAAUGUGCGGGAUUCUGAUUUCUGUUCAAACUGUUUUACUCUGUAAAAGAAAAAACGGUCCACAACACAGAGAGAGAAUUCAGCACGAUGCCGUGAUAAACACUGACGAGACGAACACUCAGGACUCUGACACGGUGGAGCUGAAUUACGCUGCCUUACACUUCAAAGAAAAGAAAAGUAAAAGAGCGAGAGAGAAUCGAGUUCGAGUUCAAAACAGCGUGUACUCUGAACUGCAAUCUUCCAUCACUACUUAAAAUAUUUACUAGAUAUAAUUAUUAAAAGUUUAUUUUUUCCUGUAUAACAAAAUGCCGACAAGAUGCUCUGUACUUUUAAAUGAUCCGUAGAACUUUUAUCCGAUCUGUAGAAUAUCUGCUUGUCAUAAAACACUUGGGUUUUUAAAAGAACUGUUGAUUUAUUUUCGGUUUCAAACCGAGUUUCUCAGCAAAGCUUUGCAUUCUGUUUGCCAGAACAACGUAUAAUAUGUCUGUAUUUCCUGCUUUUUCAUUAGAUUCUACGUAUACACAUUCAUCAAUGAUGAAUGAAGAGUGUUGUGUUUGAUUUUGUAAAUGGAAAGGUUUGUGGUUUGAGCGUUGGAACAAACCUCAUCUUAAACCACCCACUUUCACAUCUUAUAACUGUUCUGAAUUUUAACUCUUUGCUACGGUGAAGCUCAGUUAAAGCACAAGUCAGACCAAAGUCAAUAAAAUACAUACACGUGUUCUGUAUAUCACACUAUCAGUAUCACGAUGAUGUCAGUUUUUACAUGUUUUAUCAUCAGGGUGUAGAAUAAAGCUUUUCCAGUGGAAGUGAAUAAAAUCUGAUCGCUCCUAAUUUAAAAAUAGAAAAAAUUCUAUCUAUGAAUCUUAUCUUCAGUGUGAUUCAGGACCAAACUCGGAGCAAAUCUGAACAAGGAAAAUACAACAACUUUUAUGUUAGAGAGGAGGCGCGGCUUAACCUGU